UUUGCUUCGAUAACCGAGCUAGCUAGGCUGGAAGCAUAACACAUACGGUGUCGUGCAUGAGUGGUAUCGCUAGCGCUGCGGCUCCGGUACCUUUGCUUGUUUUCUUCGCUGUGUCCUCGCUAUAUCUUGGAUUGAUUAUACGGAAAUUACGAGUAGUAUAUUAUUUCAACGAGGCCCUGUGCAAGGAGACAGAGCUCUGUUGUGAAGCCAAAGAUUGGCUGUAAUUGUUUUUGAGGCGAAACUGAUCAUGGGGUUUGAUAUAGAUCGGUUUUCUGGCCCGGUGGACGAGGAUUUUAAAUGCAGCAUCUGUCUUGGUGUACUCGAGAAUCCCCUUGCUACACCGUGCGGCCACGUCUUCUGCUCAAAUUGCGUACUGCCGUGGGUCGUUCAAAACGGUAGCUGCCCGCUCAAGUGCGAAAAGUUCUCCACCAAGGAACUCAAUAGUGUCCUCCCAUUACGGAAUCUCAUCCUCAAGCUUGAAAUCCGCUGCGAUAACUUCCGCCGAGGCUGCCCUGAAGAAGUCAAGAUUCAGAUGCUAGCUCAACACAUGGAGGAUUGUGAUUUCGCUCCCGUCAAGUGCUCCAAUAAAGGAUGCCAGGAUGUGAUUAACAUCAAGGAUCAGGCCCAACAUGAAACUCAGACCUGUGAGUGGAGACCAGUUGGUCGUUGUGAGCAGGGAUGCAGUUUGGUGCUUCAGUUCAACACCCGAUCUGAGCAUGACUGCCUCAAGGCACUGCAAAACCACUCGGGUGCCCUGCAGACCAAGAUGAAGAACCAGGAACAUAAUUUGAAGAAGAAUUCUCUUAGAUAUGGGAAGAGAGAGAAAGCUCUUUUGGCUCAGAUUGCCUGCCUUCAGAAUGAAAUUCAGAUGCAGGCAUUGCGAUACCAAAAGAAGCUUAAUGAAAGCAAAGCCGAGAUGGAAUAUAUGUCAGCUGUUGCCUCAUUUGAAAAGCCAUGGGAAAAUACUACCAUACUCUCCCUUCGUCUGGGUCGCCAAGAUGGCAGCCUGGGAUUCAACAUCAUUGGUGGCAGCGGGAUAAGUCAGGGUGAUGGUGGUAUCUCGGAAGGAAUAAUUGUAUCAAGAGUGAAUGAGAAAGGUCCUGCAGACAGAUCACAGCUUCAGGUACAUGACAGGAUGAUUGAGGUGAGUCCAAUUAAAGGGAGUAUCAGGGAUUUUUUACUGAUAUUCUGAAGUUUUAAACUUUAAAAUGCUACAUCUUCCAUGAGCAUCUUAAUUUCAAAGCUUUUGAUUCAUUCAUGAAUAGAACAAAGGAUGUCCCUUUAACUGAAAUUGUUAAAUAAUAAAUACCAAAUUUUGUUCUACUCAAGAUGUUUGCUUUUUGAAAUUUGCAGGAAAGCAGACUUGUAAAGAUCAUAGUUUUUUGUACAAAACUACCAACUGUAUAAGAAUGCUUUAUUUUGAAUAUUUAUGAUGAAAUAACAUAUAUUCUGAGAGGAAUUAAAAUAAUCAAAAUUCUAUGGGUAAGUAGAAAGUAGUGUUUUGGUUGUUGGGUUGAAUUGUUAACACCCAUGUCAGUGUGGUGAAUGUUUUGUGAUCGAUACAAUCUGAUGUCAGGUUGAAUGUGUACAUCAGGACAUGCGUGUUCAUGUUCAUGUAUGUUGUCUAAGUCUGAUGAUGCAUCAAGCGAGGACAGUACUUCAUGUACAUGUAGUAUGGAAUCAAAUUCAGCCCGUCUAUCAGUGGCCAUACCCCAUGGGAAAUCCGUCUGGAUUCUCAAAUUUACUACCAAAUUUUCACUGAAACGUGUAAAUUGAAUUUGUCCCUUACAUUGUAUGUAUGUCAAGUACAAAGAGUUCGCAGUGAAUAUGAGGAUGCGAGCCGGUCCCAAAUAAAAUGUGACAGACAACUCGUCAAUUAUGGUUUCUGUGGGUGACGUGUUUGUUGGCGGAGUAUUCCCCAUCCAUAGUCGCGGGAUUAGUUCUACAGAUGCACGUUACUCGCUCGGGGAACCUCCCCUGCACUUACGCUUUACAUCUGUUUCGAUUGUGCGCAGUGACACACUUAGUUAUGCAGAGGUGGUGAUAGCCUGCUGGGUAAAUUGAGUCCACAAGUCUUGGGUUUAAUAGCGAUACCAUCUUUAAAAGCAUGUUUUCACUGCCGAGUUAUUCCGAGUCGUCUCGGACUCAACCAUCACACGCACACAUGUACCCCCAGUGAUGAUGGUGUCAUGCACACAUUUGACAUGAAUGCUGACAAUGAGAGCAUGUGUUUUGUGAGAAUGUUGCUGGAUAUGAUGAAAGUGAGACCAGUCCGAUGUGCUAGGGAGUUGGUAGAUAUUAGAAUACAAACCGGCGAUAGAUAGUAUAGGGCCAUUGAGAUUGAUUGAGUACACAUGCCCCGUGAUAUGUUUACGCGGCGGGAUGCACAGAUCUGGCACAGCACCGUGGAAGCAAUUUGUAAAUUAUGCUUUGCUCCUUAUGCUUGGGUUCUAGGAUGAGGAUUACAUUUAGAUGGAGAGCAUGUAGACGAACAGAUUGUGUGAUUGAUCACAAUUGUUCUCCAUGCCUCAUUCAUUAUCAAACCCAAUCAGACUCCCCCUGUAGUCCCAUCCAUAAGGAUGUGUGUUUGAAUAGUUCUUGACUUCCAAAUGAUCAGAAAAAGGCAGCAAAAUAUUAUUGAAUAUUAUAUUUGGUAUUAUAAAUAACUGAUGUUACACGGAUUAAAAUCACCUUGUUUGAAAACAUUUUGGUAUUCUAAAACUUCAAUUACAAUUAUUAGAUAUAGGCAAACAUUUUCAGGCGUUGCUCUGAAAUCGGACAAAAUAUGAAAAUGAUUUUCAGUAUUCUCUAACUCUCAGCUGUUGACAUGUGAAGUGAUUUUUGCGAAGGUAACAGCAUGCAAACA